AUGAAUAUGAAGCCCUCUUCCAAACCCAUUUCCAGUCCCGCUCGGACCGACAAGUUUCCCCCGCCUCUCAUGCGCUUCUUGAGGACCAACGUCGCCAGUCGAAGCCGGGGCAGGUCAAGGUCAAGCCCCAUGUUUCUCAGGAAGAAGACCUCCGCCAUUGAUUCCCAGGAACCCUCUUCCCCCAAGGUCACCUGCAUAGGCCAAGUCCGAGUUCGACGCUCCUCCAAACAUCAUCAUGCAGCCGCUAAAAGGAAUCGACUUCGCUGCGACGCUAGUCCCACUGGAUGCACCCGCCGCUUCUCGUGGUGGCUCCGGCAUGGCUUCUUUUGCCGUCAUUUCGCUGUUAAAAUCAGGCCUGGUUUCUGUCACUGUCAUUUUCCAUGCUUUUGGCCAAACUGUGGCCUCUUUCCCAUAUUUAGUUUUCGAAGGAAAGCAACUAAGGCCAGACAAGAUUCAGCUGCAAGUCAUUUGAAUUUUAGGGAGAGGCACAAUGGAGAGACGCACCUUCAGGAUUACGAAUUAGAGGAAGAGGGAUUCCGAGAACGGGCUAGUGUGAAUGCGAAUGCGAAUGAGGAUGUUCCCGUGCCGGCUACGCCGCCGAAGAACGCCUUGUUACUGACUAGAUGUAGAUCCGCACCGUACAGAUCUUCGUCUCUGGCUUCUAGGUUCUGGGGCUCGCCAGUAAAUGGUGAGGAAACAGAGGAGGGGCUGAAAACGGAAUUGCAAAACGGAACACAGACUGAUCACUAUAAACCCACCUCCCAGAUGGACUCAAUUUCCGAUAAAGAAGUGAGAAUGGAUCCGAGAGAUGAGCAAAAUCCUGGGUUUUUCAAAGAGCUUGAAGAUUCAAUCAAAGGUAGAGUCAUCAAAUCCGAAAACGCUCGAGACUUGAAGAGAGGGGAUGAAGGGGGAGACUCUGCACGUCCUCUCAUACUCACGAGGUGCAAAUCGGAGCCGGCAAGAACCUCUCAGAAACUCGAUCCCGAGUUAAAUUUCUGGAAAAGGAGAAGGCUGGGUUUGGCAGAUUCAUGCUCGCCGCAUUAUUUGUGA